UUUUAACAAAUUUGGGGCAGUGCCUGAAUGGGUAGAGGCGACAAAAAUGUUAGAAGAAAUGCGAAUUGAUGUACAGACUAUGAUGUCUUGGAAAGCAAAAGUCAUUUCAAAUAUUAGAGAAGAAGCGGAGUCAGCUGUUUUGAAAUAUAACUUUGAUCCAGAUUUAAAGCUGGACUACUAUAAUGCAAAGAAACUAUAUGAACCAGGAGAACCGAAACCUCUUGAACCGGGCUGGAUGCGUAUGGAAUUCUCACCUCAUAGGAGUUUUGAUGGAGUGCCUGUGAAUAUCAAUCACAGUGUUGUGCAUGUGCCUACGAAUGUGUAUGACAAAUCUCCUGAGGUGCUGAACGCUAUAAAAUGGUCAGAAAAAUUAAAUCCUACAUUUCAAAACAACUUCAUGUAUGAUCCGUCUCUUAUCUGGCAGUUCUUUGGCAGUGCUACUGGCUUCCUUCGACUAUUUCCUGCCACCAAGUGGCGAGUUCUCGAAGGACCAGAUAUGUACGAUUGCCGCAUGAGACCUUGGUAUAUUCAAGGAGCUGCUUCAGCCAAAGAUAUUGUAAUAUUGUUGGACGGUAGUGGAUCAAUGACGGGUCUUAGGAAGGAAAUUGCUCGAAACGUAGUACUCAAUAUUUUAGAAACCCUUAGCGAUAAUGAUUUUGUUACAAUUCUAAGGUUUUCUGAGAGUGUCAAAUCAGUAGUUCCUUGUUUCGAGAAUACACUCGUACAAGCAACUGAGGAAAAUCUCAGGGAAUUUCGUGAACUUUUGAAGGAUCUAGAUACAGUCAAUAUAGCUAAUUUUACUUUAGGAUUAAUAACUGCUUUUGAAUUACUUCAAAAGGUAGCGAAAAAUAAUGAGGGGAGCCAGUGCAAUCAAGCAAUCAUGCUGAUAACCGAUGGAGCACCCUACACUUAUGAAAAAAUUUUUCAACAAUAUAAUUGGCCAAAUAUUCCGGUCCGCGUUUUUACUUACUUAAUUGGAAGGGAAGUAACCGACAUGGAUGAAGUCCAGUGGAUGGCAUGUUAUAAUAGAGGUUACUACACCCAUGUGACUACGCUCGCCGAAGUCAGGGAGCAGGUCCAGAAAUACAUUCCUGUUAUGAGUCGCCCUGUCGUUCUCUCUGGUGAACACCCAAUCGUGUGGUCAUCAGUUUAUGCUGACGUAUCGGAUGUAAAACUGUCCGAUUGGCUGUGGCGAGAGAGAGAAAGGGUGAUUACUCGUAAAUGUAUGUUGGAAGAAAUAGAAAACCAAAGAAAGAAACGGGAAGAAGAUACUGUUAAACUGAUGAAUGAAGAAUCCCAAAUGGGACAAAUGGGAAAUAUUUCAAUUUCCCAUUAUAUGGCCUCAGCACCGGCUGAAGAUUAUCCAUCAGAUGCCGAAUUUUAUCGAAGACCCUACAAAAGGCCGUCUGUUCAACUACUCAUCACUGUAGCUACGCCUGUGUUUGACAAAAGAAAUUUCUCGAAUGUUACAGAAAGAAUUAGGAGUAGCAAAAACAUUUGGAUAGAAAGGACAAAAGAAAUGAGAGUUGCUAAUAUACUUGGCGUAGCUGGAACUGAUGUUCCAAUAAGAGAAAUAAUAAAACUGACGCCGCCGCAUAAACUUGGCGUCAAUGGAUAUUCAUUCGUUGUGACGAAUAAUGGAUUUGUACUGUAUCAUCCAGACCUCAGACCUUUAUUUCAAGAUAUGUUAAAACCGCAGUAUAAUACUGUAGACAUGACGGAAGUUGAAUUAGUAGACGAUGACAAGUUAGGCCCAAGGGAAUUUGAUGAAACGUUAUUGGGAAUGAAAAAUUCAACAAUAAAUAGACGCAUUGGUUGGCAAAAACUCUCAACAAAACUGCACCUUGACAGCAUGAGUAGAGUUGUAACUCGAAAUAAUUCUUACUAUUACGGUCCGAUUGAUGGAACCCCUUUCUCGUUAGUUAUUGUCUUACCAGAAUCCUACGGCCGUUACAGGGUUUCUGGUCAAAUAGCAGUUAAGGAAAAAAGUGAAAACUUGAGCAAAUUGUUUGAAAAAAAUAAUUGGAGGGUACAUCCUGAUUGGGUAUACUGUGAAUCACAGAAAAAUGAAAACGAGCCUUAUAUUAGUCCAGAAGAUGUAAUAAGAAAUUUCAUAAAAGAAGCUGAAAAUACUCAAAAUUUUAAAUGGCGAACGACUUCAACGAACCCUCCAAUGUAUAAUGUCACACAUUGUGAUAAACAUUUGGUUCAAAGUCUCGUAUUUGAUGCAAAAGCGACAGAUUUUGAUGUAGAAACUCGUGAGACGCCUAACGACCCACUUGGUCUGCUGCUGGCUCUAAUGCCCAGGGAACAAAUGAAGCACAUGCACGGUAUUGUGACGACGUUUGUGGCAACUCGAAGUGGACUUUUAAGGUUUCAUGAUUAUCGAACAGAAGAAGAAAAGGCAAACAGUACAGAAAGGCCUUUUUACGAGACUCAUACAAAAGCUAUAGACGAAUUAUUCUACAGAAGAGCAGUCGAUUUUUAUCACAUAAAUAGUUCUGCGUUUGUGUUUGCCGUUCCAUUUGACGCAGGCAGUCGGGGCUCAAGUUUAGUAACAGCAAGCCAAGCUAUAUUUUUGGGGAAGGGAAAGAAAAAAGCUCCUGCUGCUGUCGUUGGGGUUCAGUUUCAACAUGCUGCCUUCAAAGAAAGAUUUCUCAAUAUGACAGGAACGUGCCAAAAUACUACAUGCAUUUACAAGUGCACAGAUAAGGAAAUGGACUGCUUUUUAUUGGACAAUAAUGGAUUUGUUGUAGUUUCAGAAAAUAAUGCACAUACGGGGAAGUUUUUUGGAGAAAUAGAUUUCACCUUAUUCGAAAUCUUGGUCGAGGAGAACAUAUAUAGGAGUGUGCGAAUGUUCGACUAUCAAGCAAUAUGCAUUGACGAAAUUACUUCAUCUGGACCAGCUUCAAUUCUUAAAACUCCCUUAUGUCAUUUUGGGAAAAUAAUGAAUUGGCUGUGGAGCAAAUUAAUUAUGUUAUUUGUCCACACAAAUGUAUUUCCGUGGCUAUCAGAACAUAUUGCUGCAGCUACCGGAAUAAACUGUGAGGAUUAUAUACUUAGACGUUGCGAUAAUUGUAAAGAUGAUGAUAGUCAGAGUAAUGAAGUAAAAAUUACGAGGAAGUAUAGGCCUCGACCGUGUGACAAGGAGUUCUAUUUAUAUGAAAUGCGACCAAGUGAUUCCUGGGAGCCUUUGAAAGGUGUAUUACCCAAUUCCCUGGAAAAUCUCACGAAAAAUUACAUUGUCCAAAGAGUUCCGCAUACGAAUUUAAUUAUGUUAGUAACGUACAUACCAGGACUGGGAGAUCUGAAUCAAACCGAUGAUAGAACAGGCGUCAGAACUCAGUCGUUAGCUCCUGAAGAAGUUAUCUACGAAGAAGAGGUAAGAUGUCAAAGGAUGAGAAAUGGCACGAUUAGAAAAUUGCCAGAGUCAUGCGUCCACCAUCAUCCAGAAGAAGGCAGCAUCGGACAGCAGUGUGGAUUGGGGUCCUUGAUUCGUGCUUCCAUUUAUUUAGUCGUGGGUGCCUUGCUCCUCCGUCUGCUAUGAGAAUCUUGGUGUGGCCUUCUUUGAAAUCCGCAACCACGACAUAUCGCAAAUCACCCAGAGAAUGCAAUUUCAUGCCUCCUGGAUUCGAAUGCCAUAUCCUUGGAAGAAACAAAAAAAAAAUCUAUAAAACUCGCCCAUUCUUUAAAAAAAAAGCGAAAAAUACAUAAAAAAUAUUCAUUGGCAGGAUUGUUCCAUCUGGUUGCAUAUUUGAGACUGUGCCACAAACUAUGCUUAUACCAGCAUCGGUGAAAACAAAACCUAAAUACGAACAAGUCUCGGAUUUUUAAGAUUAACGUAUUGCCAUGUUAUCUGAGCAAAUCUUUCACCCCACUUUUCUUAGUCAAAAUCUUUCAUUCCAGUUCAAAAUAUUCUUUACGCCAGUCAAACUUAAAAUUACGCGAACUGUUCUUUUCUGCAGAAAUCAUCGUGACUAAUGCAUAUCAUAGGCCACAUCUAUGGAUAUAGUUUGAAGAUACUGAGAAUACUUUUGUCGUUAAAACAGAGCAGCCCUCUUACUCAAAUAUUGAAUUGCACAUUGCUCAUGUGUUUGGUCUGAUAGUCUUUUUCAGUCUUCAUCAUCUGCAGUUUUAGUUUUUAAAUAGUAGAUGCUUCUGUUAGUGGCAUGAGUAUGACAAUGAUUUAUUAGUCGCCUCUUCCAGCACUAUUAUUUCUCCUCUGUAACUCAGAUCUCUUCUAGACAAAUUCUCUGCAACAAACAUCAACUGUAAGCCAAUUUCUUGUUUUCGUGCUUUGAAAGUCUUAUAAUUAUCCAAGAAACUGUCAGUUAAGGAACCUUUAAUUAUUACAGAGAUCUUUUGUGAGCUUGUGUAGCUGCUUUGUUAAUUUUUUCAUGAAUCCAUUACGAAGCAACACAUCAGCUAGAUAAAGUUUUGUGACAUAUUUGUUAAGUUUUUGCGAUAGUUUAUGACGUAUUAAAUAAUUAUAAGUAUUAUAUCAUUCCAUUAAAACAUCAAAAUAUUUAGUCGCUUUAAAUAAACGGUACUAACCAGUUGUUUUUGCGACUGCUAUAUUUUAUCAAAUUUAUUGCAAUUAGAAAGUAGAUUUAGGACAAGAAACUUUAAGAAACCAUAUAUUAUGAGUCAUAUCAUUAACAGUUAAUUGUAAUGAUGUGAUACAUAUCCUAAAUUUUUAAUAUCACAGAAAAACGUCCAAAGAAUAAAUUGUAGCGAAGUAAGAUAUGGAAAAGAUCAGUUGACGCACAAGUAAAGUAAUUAAUCCAUAUUUGUUAACUGCUUUAAUAACAAUCUGAAAUCAAUUUCCGAGUAGCAACCGCAUGUGGAUAUAAAAUUUAAGGAAACAAAUCGUUUAGCCAUUUCACGCUCACGCAAUGCUGUGUUUAAUUAUAAUUUUAAAUUUUUGCUUACUAAACUCAGGGGCGUAUUUAGAAAUUUUUCAAAGGAAGAACAAAAAUUAGAUCUUAAAUAUUACUCUAAAAAAAUACCUUCAUUAUGAUAAUUUCCCCCUAAAUUAUAAAAAGUGUCAUUAUUUUAUCAUCGAGCACCUCAGAAUUAGAAAGUUAUUAUUGAUAUAUGGUCCCUGUUGGGUUGCUAACUUUUCAACUAUGCAAUGUAUAAUUAGCAACUAUGCAAUAUCAUUUAGCAACUAAGAGAGAAAAUACAGCAUAUACAUUUUUAUUUUUUUUAAAAAAAAGAAAACAUAAAGUACGCAUUUGUAAUUAAAGGUGAAAAUGCAGAAUACAAGAACACAUUAGCAACUACAAGUGAAAAUUCAGAAUAAAAGAAAACGCAUUAGCAAUCUGAAUAUUUUAAAUGAAAUGUGUAACAGGAGGUAAAUGGCGUAUCCUUAUUUUAACAUAUAUAUACAUUAUACACUAAAACAUGCAACUUCAUGCAUAUUCUUUAAUACAUAGGUAUAUAUAUAUAUAUUAUGCAUCAAAAUGAGAAGCAGGAAUUUUAAUGCAAGUGUCUGAGGCAUUAAAUCGCAAGCCAAUCAUAGAAUGCAAAAAAAUGAGAUAAUUUUUAAUUAUUAAAUAAUACUUCUAAGUCACAUAAUUCAAUUUUAAAUGUUUCUUAAUAAGCUCUAAAACUUAAAAUAUUGUACAUUAACCCUUCAGAUUCAAAAACUAUUGAUAUUUAGACUGCCGUACGAAAUAUGACAUCGCAUUUAAGAAUUCGAAAACUCUUUAUUUUACGCCAAAAUUUAUUAGAAGGAAAGAUUUAGAAGGGAAAAAUACAGCACAUUUAAUAAAAUAUUAGAAAAAUGAAAAAUCAAAUAAAUUAAAUCUAAAAUUUCAUAAUUUAUGAAAGAAAAUUUAAUUUGCAUAGCAAUAAGGGCUGAUCACUCCUUACGGAUGUAUUACAUGAUAAAAACAUGGUCGAAAAUGAGAGGAAGAUUUUCAAAAAUUACUCUCAGAUCCAUGCAUUUCUUAACUUAUUCAUUCUGAAUUUAUAUAUAGGAUUAAACACAGUCUGUUGGCCAAUUUAUUUUAAAUUACUCAUUUUUCUAAGCGUUACCCGCUCUCUCAAUUGAUUUUUAUUCUCACAUUUUAAUUGAAAUACUAAAACUUUGAUUCUGAGAAAAUAAUCAGCCUGUAUAUCCUCAGGUAAUGAGUUAGUGAUAAACAGUCAAUACAAUGAUUAUAGUAAUGGCAAAAACAUGAUUCGAUAUAUGACAUAGUUCUCGACCAGUAAAUACAGUAGCUUGUUUAAUUAAUAUAAACUGCCCCACUUAAAUGCUGAGGUUUUAAUUGCUUCCUACUAAAGCUCCACAAUUAUGAUUCUAUCUACUCGCAUUUUAGGAAGGAUCUCAGAUUUUACCUUUGGUGAUAUACGCAGAUGUAAAUUAUUUUACGGUAAUUACAUACAUUCUCAAGGUUCAUUUAAAAUCUACUUCUAGUUUUAAUUUUGGUGACCAUUGCUUAUGAAAAUACACAUAUAAAAUUAAAAUAGAGUUGGUACAAUAGUUGACUGAUUUAUUUUCCGAAUUUUCUAAAUAAUUCGUUUGAUUUAAAAUAUUUAACUCUUCCUUUAAACCCUUUACUAAGGUAUUGUAGUGAAUAUAUAAUAAGGUAUUCUACAACUAGCUGAGUUGUCUCCAACCGAAGCACGAUUUCGAAAACUAUUAUGCAAGUUUCAAGAAGUAAGUCUGUAGUAUUGCGCCGAAUACUGCCUGUGUGUUGGUCGACUGUCACUAAAUCGAUAGCAUGAUUAUGAUAGGCAAAUCAUGGUUUUCACUAAAAAUUCUUUCUUUUUGUCACUGACUUGCAAUAUCGCAUAACUACCAUUCCAUUAGCUUUAAUGAUUUCAUGACUGCAGUUCUUCGGUAAAUAAAACCUGUAUGUACUUAUAAACCCCUAUUCAAAUAGCAAGUAAAAGCGUACGACAAAUUUCCAGUACCUAGAAAUGAUGUCGAUUAAUGAGUGUAAGGGUUUCGACCAGGCAUUAACAAGCGUUUUUUGUGUAAAGCUGCAUGGACAGUUAAAUAUUUCAUUUCUGAUAUACAUUUGUAUUUCAGAUUCUAGCCUGAAUUCUCCUAAAUUAAGUUGUCCGAAUGUGGUUACUAGCCGAUGAAGUUUACUAAUAUUUUGCUGAUUAUUUCAAGUGCAAAAAUGCGCAUAACUAUCGAAGAAUUAUAGCUGUCAAUGCUUUGAUACUACACUACUAUGCACUGUUUUGAUAAAGUUUUAUUUUUUAAAAGAUAUCAUAAAGACUUUAAAUUUCAAUAAAUAAUUUAAAGUAAAUCAUUCCUUAUUUCUCACAUAUUUAAAAAUUUACUCAGAAACAAAUCAAUCAGCUAUAUGUUGUCCAUAUUGCAAAGCAGUAACGCUUAACCCAACACUACUGCUAGAGGUUUUGUAUAACUGAAAUAUCUUUCAAGGUGUAUUUUCUCUCUUAGAGUCACCUGUCCUCCUCACGUCAUACUUUGCACGUCAUACAUCCUUAUGAGAUUUUUCAUCCCACAUUUCGAAGUAAGGCAUUUAUAAUCUCCUGUUAAAAACCCUUUCGGUUUCCUUUUAUUAAAUAUUUCCAGUUCUAUCUUUGAUUAACAGAAUAGUAAGGUUCUUAUAGUUUUAAAUUCACCAUUAACUCUAAUAAAACUCUGAAAACACUAUUUAUAAGUUUUAUUCAAUUUUUUUCAUCAAUCCAACUUAAUUUUUUUUAAUUUCUAGCUCUUACGUAACUUCUCUUUUCAUAAUAGCACUUCUUUGCAUCUAAACCAUCAUCAAUACAAUACUGUCAACCUGGGUUACUUUGCUCAAAAUUGAAGACCUCCGGUUCAAUAAAAAAGACUAUUUUUAUCGUUUAUUUAAUUUUUAAAAAUCAUAUGAUUACUUAAAAUUCUAAAAGGCUCAUUUUUAACCUAAAAAUAUUUUUUAUUAUUUGAAUUUUUCUAUUAGUUAUUAUUUUUAUUAUUAUUUAAAUUUUUAGUUAUUAUUUUUUAUUAUUAUUUAAAUUUUUCUAUUAGUUACUAUUUUUAUGUAAAGUACUCUAUAAGAGGAGCAUAUUUUAUGCUGUUACAAUAAUCUGUACUUUAGAUAUUGAGUUUUGAAGGCAAAAUUGCCUCUGGUUUUAAGGAAAAAGUACAACAUAAUUUUUAAAAUAAGUUAUUUUGGUCAAAGAAAACUGAUCGCUUAAGACUUACAAAAAUAAGGAGUUCAUCAAAAUGUAUUUUUUAUUAAUGCAAAACACAAAACUUUGCCAUUUAUUAUUUAAAGUAGUCAAUAAAAAAUAAAAAUAGCUUCUAUCAUUAAAUUAUCAAGAACUUUUAAUCUAUUUAAAGUUUCGUUCAUUUAUGAAGUGUAUGAAAACAUUUCUCAUUAUGGUGUCUCUCUUAGUAUCAAAAUACACUUAACGGAGAAUACAACUGUAAAGUUUAAAGAAAAUCAAAGAUGUAGUUUCAAAAACAUGUCUGGGAAACAGUGUUUAUAGGCUUAUUUAAUUUUUAUUAUCUUCACGGGGACUGAAGUUUUGUCAAGAGAACUAUUAGAGUCUUUAUAAGGAAAACUCAUCAUGACAUCUUCACCUAAUUCGGAUCGUAAUUCUUCUUUCCUGAUCUUCAUUGUUUACUUGCUUUUCUGUGUUUAUGGAUUACUAAGAUUAUAUCUGGAAGAGGGAUAUUUUCUCUAUUAUUAUCUUAAAUCUUUAACUGAGGUAUUCUUCGUAAACUUUACCAAAUUUUCCUCAAUAAAAAAAUUUUAAAAACUGAACAUUAGUAAAAUUUUAGGUGCAAAAUUUCUUGCAAUUAAUUAUUGCAUGUGAUAUUUUAAAUACCUAUAUAGUAGAAGUUACAAUGCAAUAUUUAUUUAAGUUCUUUUCCCUAGCUGCAUCAAAAAAGUUUUCAGAUCUUAAACUUUCGAUAGUCAGGGUCUUCUCAAAACAAGGAAGGAAAAUAGUGUCAGAGAUACUAUAUUGCGUCAAAGCUAUGUUUAUCUUUUUGUUACUUACUUCAUUUAAUAACCUUCUUCACUAAUUAGUAAUUUUACCUUAUUUGGAAAAAUUUAAAACAGUACAACAGCUUUGACUAAUAUUUGUACUCCAAAACCUGUGACAAUGCGAGAAAACCACGGUUGACAGUAGUUUAAAGGCUUCAUUCAGACGAAGGUUUUGUCAUCAUAAGAUUUCAUGGUUUAAAGCAUAAAAGUCACUAUGUCCAUUCACACCUGUUUAGCAGGGUUUAAGCCGUAGUUAGUCAAGGAUGGGAAAGAUGUGCAUGCGUAAAUGUGUAGCUGACAAAAUGAAACUGUCGACAAAUAUUUGUUUCGCUGUGAUUCGUCGGUUGUUAUACCAAGUUGGCUUAAAGUUGAAAAGUUAAAACUCUCAGAAAAAUUCUUAAACCAGUUUUUGUGACGUAUCAAGGUCUGGAUUAGCAACGAUACUUGGCUUAGACCUCUUAUGAAUUUUAAACCAUCGUGUGAAGGAAGCUAAAGUUCAGACAAGGUAGUGAGUUUAAAUAUUUAAAUGUUGGCAACCCUAAUAUUUAGAAGCGAAAAUGAUCAGAUACAAAGUUUGCUCAAAAAACGAUAACUUAAUAUACUUUUUAUCCAUUCUUAUAAUACUGCAUGGCUAUUGUACGCACUAAAAUAUUUAAGUGUUAAAUAAUGAGCUUAAGUUAGAGUCCACAACUACUAAAAAAAUGCAAGGUUUGAUGAACGAUAGAAGAAACCGAAUUUUUUUCCCAGUUCUUAGCUGUUGAUCUAAGAACUAAGAGUACCUGAAGGUAGUGUUAAAAGGUGACAAACUUUUAUUAUUUCACAGAAAAAAAAGUGUAAUGCGAAAUAUACAUUCUCAUUGCCAAUUUCUUAAAUGACUUAAUCCUUCCGCUAGUGGCCAAACCACUUCUCAAAUAAGCGAUGUGAAAGCAUAUACAAUUUUCAUACUACCUCGAUCAACGUAAGAAUUUCCGCCCCAAGUGUUUCAUUGUUACCAUUACCAGUAACAUCUGUAUUAGUUUAACUAUGUUUUAGUAAUGAAUAACGUGUGUAAGAUAUGUAACAACUACGAGUAUUAAUUUGAUUUAAAAUGUUAAUACAUUUGAUGCACAUUUUUUGUAAACACUUUAGAAUGAAACUUAUUAUAGUAUUUAAUUUAUAGAAGAGUUUCUUCCCCUUUGAAUCGAAACAUUUGCGAUCGUGAGAAUACUCAAAGUAAGAUGCUAUAUUUUAGGAAAUUGUAGCAGACAAAUAACAGAGUUUCGUGGAAAUGGAACCAGUAAACAGCCCUCUAGAAAGUGACAUUUUCACUCAUCAUUUCGAUAUUUUUUGCUUAAUUUCUGUUUGCAAAGAAACAUAGAAUUCGAAUACUGUUUUGAUAUUUUUCGCUCAAAAUUCGUUUCUUAAUUAGUUUAUAUAACUUCUAAAUGAAGUUAAACAUGUGAGCAGGAAAUCAUGCCACAAAACAGUUGGUGUGGAGCUGUUGUAGAGUUCUAUUUGGACAGUAAUGGAUUCUAGAAGUGCAUUGCACGUAAUGUACGGUUAGCUCUCUAAAUUCGCCCCUGUUAAAAUCUAUGUAAUUCGAAAUACGAUAUCGUGGAGUUAUGUGAUUAUACGUUAAACCUAAUUUCCAGCUCUUUUUCCUUUCUUCUUCCCUUAGUAUUUCAGUGUCAUCAGCUGCAUUGUCCAGGACUUGAAAAUUACAAAGCUAUCAAAUUAUUCAAACUUUUAAAAUCCGUUACUAGAAAAAAUGGUGAUUCAGAUUUUGUGAUAUUUUUCUAGCCAACUUGCUUAAUGUUAUAUACUAGUUCGCUAGAAUUCGUUUCAAAGAACCAUAUUACUUAAACUGCUCUCUUUAACGAUUUCCAAAUAUCCAAACUGUUUCCUUGAAAUUGAGUAAUUAAUAAAAACACUUGCAAAAAUUGGUAUUUCAAUUUAAUGUUGAAAUUUCUUAUGUCAGAGUUAAAUGGAAAAACUAAUUCUAAAAGGCAGGGAAUUUUCAGGUCCUCGUUUUCAGUUACAUAGCACUUAUUUUCUGGGUCAAUUCUAACAUGUAGCUGAAAUUUUAUGAAGAAAAACGGUAUAAAUUAGUUGCCAAAAAUUCUCCUUCAACUUAUUCCAUUGAUCUUUGAGAUGAAUGCUACGCAUCAGGAAAAUCAAUAAUAUGUCAAUAUAAUACCUGACUGUUGAAAAUUGUGUAAAUGUGAAAUACGUUUUACAUCUCUUCGCACUUUUCCGGUGCUUAAAUCAUAUCCCUCUUAUGUUAUGUUACUUCUGUUUCUGCCGCAGUGCUUUAGGUCCUACUAAUUGUGUGACGCUAUGUUAAUGUUCUUCGUCGUAAUAUAUCAUAUCUUGAACACGAUGUUUAGUGUUUUAAAAUUGUUUUCUAAGAUAUUUUCCCCGAAAACUGUUAUUUUGUGACAUAAAAAAUUGUUUUUUUAUGCCUUUUGUAUGUUUCGGCAUAGCAUCUCCAGUCUUUUUCAAAAUAUAUAACUAAAAUAAAGAAAAAUGUUUUCAAGUUUU